AAAAACAUGUUUCAGACAAACCUGGACGUUGCUGAAAGGAGCUUCGGUUGACUGAGGCUAAGAAUGAACGUGUCCAAUAACUCUUGCAUACACACUGGAGAAACAGAGUGACUACAGUUAAAAUUCUUCAAAUCUGCAUGAGCAUAAUGGGCAAUGAAGGAACACACUUGCUGAGAUUUGCUGGCAUUUUGCUCUUGCACAUGUACGUGGUGAACUCACAGGGACUGCCUGAUUUUUCAGACAUCAUAGUAGAGUUUAGUUACACAGAUGGAGAACUCAGUCACGUACGACAAAAACGAGAUGCCAACUUUUUCCCACUGGAAUACAUCGUGGUGGUGGAGGUGAACGUGUCACAAGUGAUUCUGAUAGAACAAAUCAAGUCGUCUUUGAACUCAAUCAGUCUUCCAUUACAACUAGACAACACCACAGAAAUCAGCAGUUUGAACAUUACAACAGUGUGCCAACCAAAUGGAACUAAUUACCAGUGCGUCUGUGAGGAUCAGUAUGUUUGGUCAUACAGUGACUGUGUUGAAUAUGCAGCCUGUGAUGACAUCACUGCUGGAACAUGUGGCUGCAUCGGUGGAAUUCCGAGCGACGGACAGAUGUGUGUGCCAGAAAGUGAACUGUCAUUCAUCGACUAUUUGGUUGAAAUUGAAAUGAACACCACAAGCAUCACAGUGAUAGAUGACAUGAGGAGCCUUCUAGCAGGAUUGAACUUCUCAAUUCCAUUUAGUAACGUAUCAAAAGUCACAGAUAUGGACCUUACAACAGUAUGCCUUCUGAAUAAUACUGGAUACCAGUGCAGGUGUGAGGAUCAGUAUUUCUGGCCGUGUAACAAGUGCACAGCAUAUGGACACUGUGACAACAUCACCAAUGCCACAUGUGGAUGCAUCAGUGCCAUUCCCAAUGAUGGACAGUUCUGCCAACCAAUGACGGAGCUGAUAAAUACCAAUAUAUGUCCAACUCCACCCCCAACAACAGCGAUUCCAGCCCUGACUGAGUACAUGAUUGAGACUGAGAUUGACACAAUGGAUGCAGCAGUCAUUGACGAACUGAGGAACCUUCUGAAAACGCUCAGUUCACCUCUGCUCAACAGUACCGAAUCUCAGAUUACUGAAGUUAACAUCACUACAGUGUGUCUUUUGAAUAAUACUGGAUACCAGUGCCAGUGUGAGGAUCAGUAUUUCUGGCCAUGUGACAAGUGCACAAAAUAUGGACGCUGUGACAACAUCUCUGGUGACACAUGUGGAUGCAUCAGUGGUUUUCCAAAUGAUGGACAGUUCUGUCAACCGUCGAAAGAGCUGACUAACAUGACAACAUGCCCAACUCCAUCACCACCAGUGUUUACAGCACCAUCUCCCACUGAAUACGUGGUUGAGAUUGAGAUUGACACAUUGGACGCAGCAGUGCUUAAUCAGCUGAGAACUCUUCUGAAGAACCUCAGUUUACCCUUCGGAAUAAGUGACUUUCAGAUCACUGAACUCAACAUCACUACAGUGUGUCUUUUGAAUAAUACCGGAUACCAGUGCCGGUGUGAGGAUCAGUAUUUCUGGCCGUGUAACAAGUGCGCAGCAUAUGGACCCUGUGACAACGUUAAUAACGUCACAUGUGGAUGCAUCAAAGCUGUUCCAGUUGAUGGACAGUUCUGCCAACCAAUGACAGAGCUGACUAAUAUCACUGUAUGUCCCACUCCAGCGCCACCUUCCACUGAAUACGUGGUUGAGAUUGAGAUUGACACAUUGGACGCAGCCGUGCUUAAUCAGCUGAGAACUCUUCUGAAGAACCUCAGUUUACCCUUCGGAAUAAGUGACAUUCAGAUCACUGAACUCAACAUCACUACAGUGUGUCUUUUGAAUAAUACUGGAUACCAGUGCCGGUGUGAGGAUCAGUAUUUCUGGCCGUGUAACAAGUGCGCAGCAUAUGGACCCUGUGACAACGUUAAUAACGUCACAUGUGGAUGCAUCAAAGCUGUUCCAGUUGAUGGACAGUUCUGCCAACCAAUGACAGAGCUGACUAAUAUCACUGUAUGUCCCACUCCAGCGCCACCUUCCACUGAAUACGUGGUUGAGAUUGAGAUUGACACAUUGGACGCAGCCGUGCUUAAUCAGCUGAGAACUCUUCUGAAGAACCUCAGUUUACCCUUCGGAAUAAGUGACAUUCAGAUCACUGAACUCAACAUCACUACAGUGUGUCUUUUGAAUAAUACUGGAUACCAGUGCCGGUGUGAGGAUCAGUAUUUCUGGCCGUGUAACAAGUGCGCAGCAUAUGGACCCUGUGACAACGUUAAUAACGUCACAUGUGGAUGCAUCAAAGCUGUUCCAGUUGAUGGACAGUUCUGCCAACCAAUGACAGAGCUGACUAAUAUCACUGUAUGUCCCACUCCAGCGCCACCUCCCACUGAAUACGUGGUUGAGAUUGAGAUUGACACAUUGGACGCAGCCGUGCUUAAUCAGCUGAGAACUCUUCUGAAGAACCUCAGUUUACCCUUCGGAAUAAGUGACAUUCAGAUCACUGAACUCAACAUCACUACAGUGUGUCUUUUGAAUAAUACUGGAUACCAGUGCCGGUGUGAGGAUCAGUAUUUCUGGCCGUGUAACAAGUGCGCAGCAUAUGGACCCUGUGACAACAUUAAUAACGUCACAUGUGGAUGCAUCAAAGCUGUUCCAGUUGAUGGACAGUUCUGCCAACCAAUGACAGAGCUGACUAAUAUCACUGUAUGUCCCACUCCAGCGCCACCUUCCACUGAAUACGUGGUUGAGAUUGAGAUUGACACAUUGGACGCAGCCGUGCUUAAUCAGCUGAGAACUCUUCUGAAGAACCUCAGUUUACCCUUCGGAAUAAGUGACAUUCAGAUCACUGAACUCAACAUCACUACAGUGUGUCUUUUGAAUAAUACCGGAUACCAGUGCCGGUGUGAGGAUCAGUAUUUCUGGCCGUGUAACAAGUGCGCAGCAUAUGGACCCUGUGACAACAUUAAUAACGUCACAUGUGGAUGCAUCAAAGCUGUUCCAGUUGAUGGACAGUUCUGCCAACCAAUGACAGAGCUGACUAAUAUCACUGUAUGUCCCACUCCAGCGCCACCUUCCACUGAAUACGUGGUUGAGAUUGAGAUUGACACAUUGGACGCAGCCGUGCUUAAUCAGCUGAGAACUCUUCUGAAGAACCUCAGUUUACCCUUCGGAAUAAGUGACAUUCAGAUCACUGAACUCAACAUCACUACAGUGUGUCUUUUGAAUAAUACUGGAUACCAGUGCCGGUGUGAGGAUCAGUAUUUCUGGCCGUGUAACAAGUGCGCAGCAUAUGGACCCUGUGACAACGUUAAUAACGUCACAUGUGGAUGCAUCAAAGCUGUUCCAGUUGAUGGACAGUUCUGCCAACCAAUGACAGAGCUGACUAAUAUCACUGUAUGUCCCACUCCAGCGCCACCUCCCACUGAAUACGUGGUUGAGAUUGAGAUUGACACAUUGGACGCAGCCGUGCUUAAUCAGCUGAGAACUCUUCUGAAGAACCUCAGUUUACCCUUCGGAAUAAGUGACAUUCAGAUCACUGAACUCAACAUCACUACAGUGUGUCUUUUGAAUAAUACUGGAUACCAGUGCCGGUGUGAGGAUCAGUAUUUCUGGCCGUGUAACAAGUGCGCAGCAUAUGGACCCUGUGACAACGUUAAUAACGUCACAUGUGGAUGCAUCAAAGCUGUUCCAGUUGAUGGACAGUUCUGCCAACCAAUGACAGAGCUGACUAAUAUCACUGUAUGUCCCACUCCAGCACCACCUCCCACUGAAUACGUGGUUGAGAUUGAGAUUGACACAUUGGACGCAGCCGUGCUUAAUCAGCUGAGAACUCUUCUGAAGAACCUCAGUUUACCCUUCGGAAUAAGUGACAUUCAGAUCACUGAACUCAACAUCACUACAGUGUGUCUUUUGAAUAAUACUGGAUACCAGUGCCGGUGUGAGGAUCAGUAUUUCUGGCCGUGUAACAAGUGCGCAGCAUAUGGACCCUGUGACAACGUUAAUAACGUCACAUGUGGAUGCAUCAAAGCUGUUCCAGUUGAUGGACAGUUCUGCCAACCAAUGACAGAGCUGACUAAUAUCACUGUAUGUCCCACUCCAGCGCCACCUUCCACUGAAUACGUGGUUGAGAUUGAGAUUGACACAUUGGACGCAGCAGUGCUUAAUCAGCUGAGAACUCUUCUGAAGAACCUCAGUUUACCCUUCGGAAUAAGUGACAUUCAGAUCACUGAACUCAACAUCACUACAGUGUGUCUUUUGAAUAAUACCGGAUACCAGUGCCGGUGUGAGGAUCAGUAUUUCUGGCCGUGUAACAAGUGCGCAGCAUAUGGACCCUGUGACAACAUUAAUAACGUCACAUGUGGAUGCAUCAAAGCUGUUCCAGUUGAUGGACAGUUCUGCCAACCAAUGACAGAGCUGACUAAUAUCACUGUAUGUCCCACUCCAGCGCCACCUUCCACUGAAUACGUGGUUGAGAUUGAGAUUGACACAUUGGACGCAGCCGUGCUUAAUCAGCUGAGAACUCUUCUGAAGAACCUCAGUUUACCCUUCGGAAUAAGUGACAUUCAGAUCACUGAACUCAACAUCACUACAGUCUGUCUUUUGAAUAAUACCGGAUACCAGUGCCUGUGUGAGGAUCAGUAUUUCUGGCCGUGUAACAAGUGCGCAGCAUAUGGACCCUGUGACAACAUUAAUAACGUCACAUGUGGAUGCAUCAAAGCUGUUCCGGUUGAUGGACAGUUCUGCCAACCAAUGACAGAGCUGACUAAUAUCACUGUAUGUCCCACUCCAGCGCCACCUUCCACUGAAUACGUGGUUGAGAUUGAGAUUGACACAUUGGACGCAGCCGUGCUUAAUCAGCUGAGAACUCUUCUGAAGAACCUCAGUUUACCCUUCGGAAUAAGUGACAUUCAGAUCACUGAACUCAACAUCACUACAGUCUGUCUUUUGAAUAAUACCGGAUACCAGUGCCGGUGUGAGGAUCAGUAUUUCUGGCCGUGUAACAAGUGCGCAGCAUAUGGACCCUGUGACAACGUUAAUAACGUCACAUGUGGAUGCAUCAAAGCUGUUCCAGUUGAUGGACAGUUCUGCCAACCAAUGACAGAGCUGACUAAUAUCACUGUAUGUCCCACUCCAGAAAUUGACGAAUGUGCUGAGAUUCCUGAAGUGUGUGGUCCAAAUGCAAACUGCACUAAUGCUCCUGGAAACUACAGCUGCACAUGCUGGAAUGGAUACAAAGUGACAGAUCUGCUUAUGCCUAUCAACAUCAGCAACCCAUGCAGAGAUGUGAAUGAAUGUAUGGAGAUUCCUGAUGUGUGUGGACCAAAUGCAAACUGCACCAAUGCUUUUGGAAACUACAGCUGCAUGUGCUUAAGUGGAUAUAAUGUGACAAAUCUGCUCAUGCCUAUUAAUAACAGCAAUCCAUGCAGAGAUGUGGAUGAAUGUACUGAGAUUCCUGAUGUGUGUGGUCCAAAUGCAAACUGCACCAAUGCUGUUGGAAACUACAGCUGCACAUGCCUGAGAGGAUAUAAUGUGACGUAUCCAAACUUGUCUAUUAGUGUGAGCAAUCCUUGUAGAGAUGUGGAUGAAUGUACUGAGAUUCCUGAAGUAUGUGGUCCAAAUGCAAACUGUACUAAUGCUGCUGGAAACUACAGCUGCACAUGCCUGAGAGGAUACAAUGUGACGAAUCCAUACUUUGCUAUUAAUAUGAGCAACCCAUGUAGAGAUGUGGAUGAAUGUACUGAGAUUCCUGAUGUGUGUGGACCAAAUUCAAACUGCACCAAUGAUGUUGGAAACUACAGUUGCACAUGCCUGAGAGGAUAUAAUGUGACAAAUCUGCUCAUGCCUAUUAAUAGCAGCAAUCCAUGCAGAGAUGUGGAUGAAUGCACUGAGAUUCCUGAAGUGUGUGGUCCAAAUGCAAACUGCACCAAUGCUGUUGGAAACUACAGCUGCACAUGCCUGAGUGGAUAUAAUAUGACGAAUUCGAACUUUCCUAUUAGUGUGAGCAAUCCAUGUAGAGAUGUGAAUGAAUGUACUGAGAUUCCUGAAGUAUGUGGUCCAAAUGCAAACUGCACCAAUGCUGCUGGAAACUACAGCUGCACAUGCCUGAGAGGAUACAAUGUGACAAAUCCAUACUUUGCUAUUAAUAUGAGCAACCCAUGUAGAGAUGUGGAUGAAUGUACUGAGAUUCCUGAUGUGUGUGGACCAAAUUCAAACUGCACCAAUGAUGUUGGAAACUACAGUUGCACAUGCCUGAGAGGAUAUAAUGUGACAAAUCUGCUCAUGCCUAUUAAUAGCAGCAAUCCAUGCAGAGAUGUGGAUGAAUGCACUGAGAUUCCUGAAGUGUGUGGUCCAAAUUCAAACUGCACCAAUGCUGUUGGAAACUACAGCUGCAGAUGCCUGAGAGGAUAUAAUGUGACGAAUCCGAACUUUCCUAUUAGUGUGAGCAAUCCAUGUAGAGAUGUGAAUGAAUGUACUGAGAUUCCUGAAGUAUGUGGUCCAAAUGCAAACUGCACCAAUGCUGCUGGAAACUACAGCUGCACAUGCCUGAGAGGAUACAAUGUGACAAAUCCAUACUUUGCUAUUAAUAUGAGCAACCCAUGUAGAGAUGUGGAUGAAUGUACUGAGAUUCCUGAUGUGUGUGGACCAAAUUCAAACUGCACCAAUGCUGUUGGAAACUACAGUUGCACAUGCCUGAGAGGAUAUAAUGUGACAAAUCUGCUCAUGCCUAUUAAUAGCAGCAAUCCAUGCAGAGAUGUGGAUGAAUGCACUGAGAUUCCUGAAGUGUGUGGUCCAAAUUCAAACUGCACCAAUGCUGUUGGAAACUACAGCUGCACAUGCCUGAGAGGAUAUAAUGUGACGAAUCCGAACUUUCCUAUUAGUGUGAGCAACCCAUGUAGAGAUGUGAAUGAAUGUACUGAGAUUCCUGAAGUAUGUGGUCCAAAUGCAAACUGCACCAAUGCUGCUGGAAACUACAGCUGCACAUGCCUGAGAGGAUACAAUGUGACAAAUCCAUACUUUGCUAUUAAUAUGAGCAACCCAUGUAGAGAUGUGGAUGAAUGUACUGAGAUUCCUGAAGUGUGUGGUCCAAAUGCAGACUGCACCAAUGCUGCUGGAAACUACAGCUGCACAUGCCUGAAAGGAUACACUGUGACAAAUCCAUACUUUCCUAUUAAUGUGAGCAACGCAUGUAAAGAUGUGGAUGAAUGCACUGAGAUUCCUGAUGUGUGUGGACCAAAUUCAAACUGCACCAAUGCUGUUGGAAACUACAGCUGCACAUGCCUGAGAGGAUAUAAUGUGACAAAUCUGCUCAUGCCUAUUAAUAGCAGCAAUCCAUGCAAAGAUGUGAAUGAAUGUACUGAGAUUCCUGAAGUGUGUGGUCCAAAUGCAAACUGUACUAAUGCUGUUGGAAACUACAGCUGCACAUGCCUGAGAGGAUAUUAUGUGACGAAUCCAUACUUUCCUAUUAAUAUGAGCAACCCAUGUAGAGAUGUGGACGAAUGUACUGAGAUUCCUGAAGUGUGUGGUCCAAAUGCAAACUGCACUAAUGCUGUUGGAAACUACAGCUGCACAUGCCUGAGUGGAUACAAUGUGACGAAUCCAUUUAUGCCUAUCAGUAUCAGCAACCCAUGCAGAGAUGUGGAUGAAUGUAUUAAGAUUCCUGAAGUGUGUGGACCAAAUGCAAACUGCACCAACGCUGUUGGAAACUACAGCUGCACAUGCCUGAGAGGAUACACUGUGACACAUCCAUACAAUCCUAUAAAAAUCAGCAACCCAUGCAGAGAUGUGGAUGAAUGCACUGAGAUUCCUGAAGUAUGUGGUCCAAAUGCAAACUGCACCAAUGCUGCUGGAAACUACAGCUGCACAUGCCUGAAAGGAUACAAUGUGACAGAUCCAUACUUUCCUAUUAAUAUGAGCAACCCAUGUAGAGAUGUGGAUGAAUGUACUGAGAUUCCUGAUGUGUGUGGUCCAAAUGCAAUCUGCACCAAUGCUGUUGGAAACUACAGCUGCAGAUGCCUGAGAGGAUACAGUGUGACCUAUCCGAACAUUUCUAUUAGUGUGAGCAAUCCUUGUAGAGAUGUGGAUGAAUGUACUGAGAUUCCUGAUGUGUGUGGACCAAAUGCAAACUGCACCAAUGCUGUUGGAAACUACAGCUGCAGAUGCCUGAGUGGCUAUAAUGUGACAAAUCCAUACUUUCCUAUCAACAUUAGCAACCCGUGUAGAGAUGUGGAUGAAUGCACUGAGAUUCCUGAAGUAUGUGGUCCAAAUGCAAACUGCACCAAUGCUGUUGGAAACUACAGUUGCACAUGCCUGAAAGGAUACAAUGUGACAGAUCCAUACUUUCCUAUUAAUAUGAGCAACCCGUGUAGAGAUGUGGAUGAAUGUACUGAGAUUCCUGAUGUGUGUGGUCCAAAUUCAAACUGCACCAAUGCUGUUGGAAACUACAGCUGCAGAUGCCUGAGAGGAUAUAAUGUGACGAAUCCAUACUUUCCUAUCAACAUUAGCAACCCGUGUAAAGAUGUGGAUGAAUGUACUGAGAUUCCUGAAGUGUGUGGACCAAAUGCAAACUGCACCAAUGCUGUUGGAAACUACAGCUGCACAUGCCUGAGAGGAUACACUGUGACAAAUCUGUCCUUUCCUAUCAAUGUCAGCAACCCAUGCAGAGAUGUGGAUGAAUGUACCGAGAUUCCUGAAGUGUGUGGUCCAAAUGCAGACUGCACUAAUGCUGCAGGAAACUACAGCUGCACAUGCCUGAGAGGAUAUAAUGUGACAAAUCCAUACAGUCCUAUCAACAUCAGCAACCCAUGCAGAGAUAUGGAUGAAUGUACUGAGAUUCCUGGCGUGUGUGGUCCAAAUGCAAUUUGCACCAACGCUGCAGGAAUCUACACUUGCACGUGCCUGAAUGGAUAUAAUGUGACAAAUCCAUACUUCCCUAUUAACAUCAGCAACCCGUGCAGAGAUGUGGAUGAAUGUCUUUCUGCACCAUCUGUAUGUGGAUUAAACUCCAGCUGCAACAACACAAUAGGAGGAUACAGUUGCUUUUGCUGGGAUGGGUUUACUGCAACAAACUCAAGUCUAGCUGUCAACAUUACUAACCCUUGUAUAGAUAUGGAUGAAUGUCUAUCUGUACCAUCUGUUUGUGGUCCAAACUCCACCUGCACCAACACAAUAGGAGGAUACAAUUGCUCUUGCUGGCCUGGAUUUACUGCAACAAACUCAAAUCUUACUGUUAACAUUACUAACCCUUGUAUAGAUGUGGAUGAGUGUCUGUUCACACCAUCACCUUGUGGUCCACACUCCACCUGCAACAACACAGUAGGAGGAUACAGCUGCUCUUGCCGGGAUGGGUUUGCUGUCACAAACGCAAAUCUAAAUGUCGGCAUUAGUAACCCUUGCAUUGAUAUAGAUGAAUGUCUGUUUGCACCAUCUGUAUGUGGAUUAAACUCCAUCUGCAACAACACAGUAGGAGGAUACAGUUGCUCUUGCUGGGAUGGAUUCACUGCAGUAAACUCAAGUCUAAGCGUCAGUGUUAAUAACUCCUGUGUAGAUGUGGAUGAAUGUUUGUCUGAACCGUCUAUUUGUGGUCCAAACUCCACCUGUAUCAACACAGUAGGAGGAUACAGCUGCUCUUGCUGGUCUGGAUUUAACAUAAGCAACUCAAGUCUAAGUGUCAGUGUUAAUAACUCUUGUAGUGAUGUGGACGAAUGUCUGUCAACUCCAUCUGUAUGUGGUCCAAACUCCACCUGCAUCAACACAGUAGGAGGAUACAAUUGCUUUUGCUGGAAUGGAUUUACUGCUACAAACUCAAGUCUAAGGGUUAACAUUAGUAACCCUUGUAGGGAUGUAGAUGAAUGUCUGUCUUCACUAUCUGCUUGUGGAUCAAAUUCCAACUGCACCAACACUUUAGGAGGAUACAGCUGCUCUUGCUGGCCUGGAUUUACUGCAACCAGUGCAAACUUAACUAUCAGCAUUACAAACCCAUGUAUAGAUACAGAUGAAUGUACACCUGAACCAUCUAUAUGUGGUCCAGACUCCACCUGCACCAACACAAUAGGAGGAUACAACUGCUCUUGCGUGGGAGGAUUUACCAAAACAAACUCAAGUCUGAUGAUUAGCGUUAAUAACACUUGUAGAGAUGUGGAUGAAUGUCUGUCUACACCAUCUAUAUGUGGUCCAAACUCCACCUGCAUCAACACAAUUGGAGGACACAAUUGCUCUUGCUGGAAGGGAUUUACUGCUACAAACUCAAAUCUGCUUGUCAGCGUUAGUAACCCAUGCACUGAUGUGGAUGAAUGUACUGAGAUUCGUGAUGUGUGUGGGCCAAAUGCAGACUGCACCAAUGUUAUAGGAAACUACAGUUGCACAUGCUUGAGUGGAUAUAAUGUGACGAAUCCGCUUAUGCCUAUCAAUAUCAGCAACUCAUGCACAGAUGUGAACGAAUGUACUGAGAUUCCUGAAGUGUGUGGUCCAAAUGCAAACUGCACCAAUACUGUUGGAAACUACAGCUGCACAUGCCUGAGUGGAUACACUGUGACGAGUCCAUACUUUGCUAUCAACAUCAGCAACCCGUGCAGAGAUGUGGAUGAAUGUACUGAGAUUCCUGAAGUGUGUGGUCCAAAUGCAAACUGCACCAAUGCUGUUGGAAACUACAGCUGCACAUGCCUGAGAGGAUAUAGUGUGAUAAAUCCAUACUUUCCUAUCAACAUCAGCAACCCGUGCAGAGAUGUGGAUGAAUGUACUGAGAUUCCUGAUGUGUGUGGACCAAAUGCACAUUGCACCAAUGCUGUUGGAAACUACAGCUGCACAUGCCUGAGUGGAUACACUGUGACAAAUCUAUCCUUUCCUAUCAACAUCGGCAACCCAUGCAGAGAUGUGGAUGAAUGUACCGAGAUUCCUGAAGUAUGUGGUCCAAAUGCAGACUGCACUAAUGCUGCAGGAAACUAUAGCUGCACAUGCCUGAGAGGAUAUAAUGUGACAAAUCCAUACAGUCCUAUCAACAUCAGCAACCAGUGCAGAGAUGUGGAUGAAUGUACUGAGAUUCCUGGCGUGUGUGGUCCAAAUGCAAUCUGCACCAAUGCUGCAGGAAACUACACUUGUAUGUGCCUGAAUGGUUAUAAUGUGACAAAUCCAUACUUUCCUAUCAACAUCAGCAACCCGUGCAGAGAUGUGGAUGAAUGUCUUUCUGCACCAUCUGUUUGUGGAUUAAACUCCAGCUGCAACAACACAAUAGGAGGAUACAGUUGCUUUUGCUGGGAUGGGUUUACAGCUACAAACUCAAGUCUAGCUGUCAACAUUACUAACCCUUGUAUAGAUGUAGAUGAAUGUCUGUCUACUCCGUCUGUUUGUGGUCCAAACUCCACCUGCACCAACACAAUAGGAGGAUACAAUUGCUCAUGCUGGACCGGAUUUACUCCAACAAACUCAAAUCGUACUGUCAACGUUACUAACCCUUGUAUAGAUGUGGAUGAGUGUCUGUUCACACCAUCCCCUUGUGGUUCACACUCCACCUGCAACAACACACUAGGAGGAUACAGCUGCUCUUGCCGGGAUGGGUUUGCUGUCACAAAUGCAAAUCUAAAUGUCAGCAUUAGUAACCCUUGCAUUGAUAUAGAUGAAUGUCUGUUUGCACCAUCUGUAUGUGGAUUAAACUCCAUCUGCAACAACACAGUAGGAGGAUACAGUUGCUCUUGCUGGACUGGAUUCACUGCAAUAAACUCAAGUCUAAGCGUCAGUGUUAAUAACUCCUGUGUAGAUGUGGAGGAAUGUUUGUCUGAACCGUCUAUUUGUGGUCCAAACUCCACCUGUAUCAACACAGUAGGAGGAUACAGCUGCUCUUGCUGGUCUGGAUUUAACAUAAGCAACUCGCGUCUAAGCAUUAGUGUUAAUAACUCUUGUAGUGAUGUGGAUGAAUGUCUGUUAACUCCGUCUGUAUGUGGUCCAAACUCCACCUGCAUCAACACAGUAGGAGGAUACAAUUGCUUUUGCUGGAAUGGAUUUACUGCUACAAACUCAAGUCUAAGGGUUAACAUUAGUAACCCUUGUAGGGAUGUAGAUGAAUGUCUAUCUGCGCUAUCUCCUUGUGGAUCAAAUUCCAACUGCACCAACACUUUAGGAGGAUACAGCUGCUCUUGCUGGCCUGGAUUUACUGCAACCAGCGCAAACUUAACUAUCAGCAUUACAAACCCAUGUAUAGAUGUGAACGAAUGUACUGAGAUUCCUGAAGUGUGUGGUCCAAAUGCAACCUGCACCAAUACUUUUGGAAACUACAGCUGUACAUGCCUGAGUGGAUACACUGUGACGAGUCCAUACUUUGCUAUCAACAUCAGCAACCCGUGCAGAGAUGUGGAUGAAUGUACUGAGAUUCCUGAAGUGUGUGGUCCAAAUGCAAACUGCACCAAUGCUGCUGGAAACUACAGCUGCACAUGCCUGAGAGGAUAUAGUGUGACAAAUCCAUACUUUCCUAUCAACAUCAGCAACCCGUGCAGAGAUGUGGAUGAAUGUACUGAGAUUCCUGAUGUGUGUGGACCAAAUACACACUGCACCAAUGCUGUUGGAAACUACAGCUGCGCAUGCCUGAGUGGAUACACUGUGACAAAUCUAUCCUUUCCUAUCAACAUCGGCAACCCAUGCAGAGAUGUGGAUGAAUGUACCGAGAUUCCUGAAGUGUGUGGUCCAAAUGCAGACUGCACUAAUGCUGUUGGAAACUACAGCUGCACAUGCCUGAGAGGAUAUAAUGUGACAAAUCCAUACUUUCCUAUCAACAUCAGCAACCAGUGCAGAGAUGUGGAUGAAUGUACUGAGAUUCCUGGUGUGUGUGGUCCAAAUGCAAUCUGCACCAAUGCUGCAGGAAACUACACUUGUAUGUGCCUGAAUGGAUAUAAUGUGACAAAUCCAUACUUUCCUAUCAACAUCAGCAACCCGUGCAGAGAUGUGGAUGAAUGUCUUUCUGCACCAUCUGUAUGUGGAUUAAACUCCAGCUGCAACAACACAAUAGGAGGAUACAGUUGCUUUUGCUGGGAUGGGUUUACAGCUACAAACUCAAGUCUAGCUGUCAACAUUACUAACCCUUGUAGAGAUGUAGAUGAAUGUCUGUCUACUCCGUCUGUUUGUGGUCCAAACUCCACCUGCACCAACACAAUAGGAGGAUACAAUUGCUCAUGCUGGACCGGAUUUACUCCAACAAACUCAAAUCGUACUGUCAACGUUACUAACCCUUGUAUAGAUGUGGAUGAGUGUCUGUUCACACCAUCCCCUUGUGGUUCACACUCCACCUGCAACAACACACUAGGAGGAUACAGCUGCUCUUGCCGGGAUGGGUUUGCUGUCACAAAUGCAAAUCUAAAUGUCAGCAUUAGUAACCCUUGCAUUGAUAUAGAUGAAUGUCUGUUUGCACCAUCUGUAUGUGGAUUAAACUCCAUCUGCAACAACACAGUAGGAGGAUACAGUUGCUCUUGCUGGGAUGGAUUCACUGCAGUAAACUCAAGUCUAAGCGUCAGUGUUAAUAACUCCUGUGUAGAUGUGGAUGAAUGUUUGUUAACUCCAUCUGUAUGUGGGUUAAACGCCACCUGCACCAACACAGCAGGAGGAUACAGCUGCUCUUGCUGGGUUGGAUUUACUGCAACAAACUCAAAUCAGAGUGUCAGCAUAAAUAAUACAUGUGCAGAUGUGGAUGAGUGUCUGUUCACACCAUCACCAUGUGGUCCAAACUCCACCUGCAUCAACACAGUAGGAGGAUACAGCUGCUCUUGCUGGGAUGGAUUUACUGCUAUAAACACAAAUCUAAACGUCAGCGUUAGUAACCUUUGCACUGAUAUAGAUGAAUGUCUGUUUGCAUCAUCUGUAUGUGGAUUAAACUCCAUCUGCAACAACACAGUAGGAGGAUACAGUUGCUCUUGCUGGGAUGGAUUCACUGCAGUAAACUCAAGUCUAAGCGUCAGUGUUAAUAACUCCUGUGUAGAUGUGGAUGAAUGUUUGUCUGCACCAUCUGUUUGUGGUCCAAACUCCACCUGUAUCAACACAGUAGGAGGAUACAGCUGCUCUUGCUGGGAUGGAUUCACUGCGACAAACUCAAGUCUAAGCAUCAGUGCUGUUAACCAUUGUACAGAUAUAGAUGAAUGUCUGUCCACUCCAUCUGUAUGUGGAUUAAACGCCACCUGUACCAACACAGUAGGAGGAUACAAUUGCUCUUGCUGGACUGGAUUCACUGCAACAAACUCAAGUCUAGCAGUUGGCAUUAAUAACCCUUGUAUAGAUGUGGAUGAGUGUCUGUUCACACCAUCACCAUGUAGUCCAAACUCCACCUGCACCAACACAGUAGGAGGAUACAGCUGCUCUUGCCGGGAUGGAUUCACAGCUAUAAACGCAAAUCUAAAUGUCAGCGUUAGUAACCUUUGCAUUGAUAUAGAUGAAUGUCUGUUUGCACCAUCUGUAUGUGGAUCAAACUCCAUCUGCAACAACACAGUAGGAGGAUACAGUUGCUCUUGCUGGGAUGGAUUCACUGCAGUAAACUCAAGUCUAAGCGUCAGUGUUAAUAACUCCUGUGUAGAUGUGGAUGAAUGUCUGUCUGCACCAUCUAUUUGUGGUCCAAACUCCACCUGUAUCAACACAGUAGGAGGAUACAGCUGCUCUUGCUGGUCUGGAUUUAACAUAACCAACUCGAGUCUAAGCGUCAGUGUUAAUAACUCUUGUAGUGACGUGGAUGACUGUCUGUCAACUCCGUCUGUAUGUGGUCCAAACUCCACCUGCAUCAACACAGUAGGAGGAUACAAUUGCUUUUGCUGGAGUGGAUUUACUGCUACAAACUCAAGUCUAAGGGUUAACAUUAGUAACCCUUGUAGGGAUGUGGACGAAUGUCUAUCUGCACCUGUUUGUGGAUCAAACUCCACCUGCACCAACACAGCAGGAGGAUACAGCUGUUCUUGCUGGACUGGAUUUACUGCAACCAACUCAAGUUUAACUAUCAGCAUUAUUAACCCAUGUAGAGAUAUAGAUGAAUGUGCACCUGAACCAUCUAUUUGUGGUCCAAACUCCACCUGCACCAACACAGUAGGAGGACACAGCUGCUCUUGCUUGAAGGGAUUUACUGAAACAAACUCAAGUCUGAUGAUUAGUGUUAAUAACACUUGUAGAGAUGUGGAUGAAUGUCUACUUGGCACAUCUGUAUGUGGUCCAAACUCCACCUGCAUUAACACAGUAGGAGGAUACAGCUGUUCUUGCUGGGUGGGAUUUACUGCAACCAGCUCAAGUCUAAGGGUUAACAUUAGUAACCCUUGUAGGGAUGUGGAUGAGUGUCUGUUCACACCAUCACCAUGUGGUCCAAACUCCACCUGCAUCAACACAGUAGGAGGAUACAGCUGCUCUUGCUGGAAUGGAUUUACUGCUAUAAACUCAAGUCUGAACAUCAAUGCUAGUAACCCUUGUAUAGAUGUGGACGAAUGUAAAUCUGCACCAGCUGUAUGUGGAUUAAACUCCAACUGCAACAACACAGUAGGAGGAUACAGCUGCUUUUGCUGGCCUGGAUUUACUCCAACAAACUCGAAUCUAAAGAUCAAUGCUAGUAACCCGUGUUUAGAUGUGGAUGAGUGUCUGUUCACACCAUCACCAUGUGGUCCAAACUCCACCUGCAACAACACAGUAGGAGGAUACAGCUGCUCUUGUUGGCCUGGAUUUACUGCAACACACUCAAAUCUUACUGUCAAUAUUACUAACACUUGUAUAGAUGUGGACGAAUGUCUGUCUGCACCAUCUGUUUGUGGUCCAAACUCCACCUGCACCAACACAGCAGGAGGAUACAGCUGCUCUUGCUGGCCUGGAUUUACUGCCACAAACUCAAGUCUGAACAUUAAUGCUAGUAACCCUUGUAUAGAUGUGGACGAAUGUAAAUCUGCACCAGCUGUAUGUGGAUUAAACUCCAACUGCAACAACACAGUAGGAGGAUACAGCUGCUUUUGCUGGGCUGGAUUUACUCCAACAAACUCGAAUCUAAAGAUCAAUGCUAGUAACCCAUGUUUAGAUGUGGAUGAGUGUCUGUUCACACCAUCACCAUGUGGUCCAAACUCCACCUGCAACAACACAGUAGGAGGAUACAGCUGCUCUUGCUGGGAUGGAUUUACUGCUACAAGCUCAAAUCUAAAUGUCAGCGUUAGUAACCUUUGUAGAGAUGUGGAUGAAUGUCUGUCCACUCCAUCUGUUUGUGGUCCAAACUCCACCUGCAACAACACAGUAGGAGGAUACAGCUGCUCUUGCUGGAGUGGAUUUACUGCUACAAACUCAAGUCUAAGGGUUAACAUUAGUAACCCUUGUAGGGAUGUGGAUGAAUGUCUGUCUACUCCGUCUGUUUGUGGUCCGAACUCCACCUGCAACAACACAGUAGGAGGAUACAGCUGCUCUUGCUGGCCUGGAUUUAUUGCAACACACUCAAAUCUUACUGUCAAUAUUACUAACACUUGUAUAGAUGUGGACGAAUGUUUGUCUGCACCAUCUGUUUGUGGUCCAAACUCCACCUGCACCAACACAGUAGGAGGAUACAGUUGCUCUUGCUGGACUGGAUUUACUGCCACAAACUCAAGUCUGAACAUCAAUGCUAGUAACCCUUGUAUAGAUGUGGACGAAUGUAAAUCUGCACCAGCUGUAUGUGGAUUAAACUCCAACUGCAACAACACAGUAGGAGGAUACAGCUGCUUUUGCUGGGCUGGAUUUACUCCAACAAACUCGAAUCUAAAGAUCAAUGCUAGUAACCCAUGUUUAGAUGUGGAUGAGUGUCUGUUCACACCAUCACCAUGUGGUCCAAACUCCACCUGCAACAACACAGUAGGAGGAUACAGCUGCUCUUGCUGGGAUGGAUUCACUGCAACACACUCAAAUCUUACUGUCAAUAUUACUAACACUUGUAUAGAUGUGGACGAAUGUCUGUCUGCACCAUCUGUUUGUGGUCCAAACUCCACCUGCACCAACACAGCAGGAGGAUACAGCUGCUCUUGCUGGCCUGGAUUUACUGCCACUAACUCAAAUCAAAAGAUCAACACUAGUAACCCUUGUAUAGAUGUGGAUGAAUGUCUAUCUGCACCAUCUGUUUGUGGUCCAAACUCCAACUGCUACAACACAGUAGGAGGAUACAGUUGCUUUUGCUGGCCUGGAUUUACUGCAUCAAACUCAAAUCAAAAGAUCAAUGCUAGUAACCCAUGUAUAGAUGUGGAUGAGUGUCUGUUCACACCAUCGCUGUGUGGUCCAAACUCCACCUGUAACAACACAGUAGGAGGAUACAGCUGCUCUUGCUGGGAUGGCUUUGCUGUUAUAAAUGCCAAUCUUAAUGUCAACAUUAAUAACUCUUGCAUUGAUAUAGAUGAAUGUCUGUUUGCACCAUCUGUAUGUGGAUUAAACUCCAUCUGCAACAACACAGUAGGAGGAUACAGUUGCUCUUGCUGGGAUGGAUUCACUGCAGUAAACUCAAGUCUAAGCGUCAGUGUUAAUAACUCCUGUGUAGAUGUGGAUGAAUGUUUGUCUGAACCGUCUAUUUGUGGUCCAAACUCCACCUGUAUCAACACAGUAGGAGGAUACAGCUGCUCUUGCUGGUCUGGAUUUAACAUAACCAACUCAAGUCUAAGUGUCAGUGUUAAUAACUCUUGUAGUGACGUGGAUGAAUGUCUGUUAACUCCAUCUGUAUGUGGUCCAAACUCCACCUGCAUCAACACAGUAGCAGGAUACAAUUGCUUUUGCUGGAAUGGAUUUACUGCUACAAACUCAAGUCUAAGGGUUAACAUUAGUAACCCUUGUAGGGAUGUGGAUGAAUGUCUGUCUGCACCAUCUGUGUGUGGAUCAAACUCCACCUGCACCAACACAGCAGGAGGAUACAGCUGUUCUUGCUGGACUGGAUUUACUGCAACAAACUCAAACCUAACCAUCAGCAUUAUUAACCCAUGUAGAGUUAUAGAUGAAUGUACACUUGAACCAUCUAUUUGUGGUCCAAACUCCACCUGCACCAACGCAAUAGGAGGAUACAGCUGCUCUUGCGUGGGAGGAUUUACUCCAACAAACUCAAGUGUAGCUGUCAACAUUACUAACCCUUGUAGAGAUGUGGAUGAAUGUCUGUCCACUCCAUCUGUUUGUGGUCCAAACUCCACCUGCACCAACACAGUAGGAGGAUACAGCUGCUCUUGCUGGCCUGGAUUUACUGCAACAAACUCCAAUCUAAAGAUCAAUGCUAGUAACCCGUGUUUAGAUAUAGAUGAAUGUGCACCUGAACCAUCUAUUUGUGGUCCAAACUCCACCUGCACCAACACAGUAGGAGGACACAGCUGCUCUUGCUUGAAGGGAUUUACUGAAACAAACUCAAGUCUGAUGAUUAGCAUCAAUAACCCUUGUAGAGAUGUGGAUGAAUGUCUACUUGGCGCAUCUGUAUGUGGUCCAAACUCCACUUGCAUCAACACAAUAGGGGGAUACAGUUGCUCUUGCUGGGUGGGAUUUACUGCAACCAGCUCAAAUCUGCCUGUCAGCGUUAGUAACCCAUGCACUGACGUAAAUGAAUGUCUGUCACAGCCUCCUGUGUGUGGAUUAAACUCUGCCUGCACCAACACAAUAGGAGGAUACAGUUGCUCUUGCUUGAAUGGAUUUACAGCAACAAACUCCGGACUCCCUAUGAAUGCUAGUAAUCCUUGUAUAGAUGUAGAUGAAUGUCUGUCAUCAUCUCUUGUAUGUGGAUUAAACUCCUCCUGCAACAACACAAUAGGAGGAUACAGUUGCUCUUGCUUGAGUGGAUUUACAGCAACAAACUCAAGACUUCCUAUCAAUGCUAGUAAUCCUUGUAUAGACGUAAAUGAAUGUCUGUCAUCAUCUCUUGUGUGUGGACUAAACUCUGCCUGCAACAACACAAUAGGAGGAUACAGUUGCUCUUGCUUGGAUGGAUUUACUGCAACAAACUCCAGACUCCCUAUCAACGCCAGUAAUCCUUGUAUAGACGUAGAUGAAUGUCUGUCAGAACCUCCUGUGUGUGGAUUAAACUCCGCCUGCAACAACACAAUAGGAGGAUACAGUUGCUCUUGCUUGAAUGGAUUUACUGCAACAAACUCCAGACUCCCUAUCAAUGCUAGUAACCCUUGUAUAGACGUAAAUGAAUGUCUGUCAUCAUCUCUUGUGUGUGGACUAAACUCUGCCUGCAGCAACACAAUAGGAGGAUACAGUUGCUCUUGCUUGAAUGGAUUUACUGCAACAAACUCCAGACUCCCUAUCAACGCCAGUAAUCCUUGUAUAGACGUAGAUGAAUGUCUGUCAUCACCUCCUGUGUGUGGAUUAAACUCCACCUGCAGCAACACAGUAGGAGGAUACAGUUGCUCUUGCUUGAAUGGAUUUACAGCAACAAACUCCAGACUCCCUAUUAAUGCUAGUAACCCUUGUAUAGACGUAAAUGAAUGCCUGUCAUCACCUCCUGUGUGUGGAUUAAACUCCACCUGCAGCAACACAAUAGGAGGAUACAGUUGCUCUUGCUUGAAUGGAUUUACUGCAACAAACUCAAGACUUCCUAUCAAUGCUAGUAAUCCUUGUAUAGAUGUGGAUGAGUGUCGUGUUGUGCCGUCUGUAUGUGGCUCAAACUCCACCUGCAACAACACAUUAGGAAGUUACAGUUGCUCUUGCUUGCCUGGAUUUACAGUUUCAAAUUCAAGUCUCACCGCAAGUAUAAGUAACCCAUGUAGAGAUGUGAAUGAGUGUCUUGUUACGCCGUCUUAUUGUGGCCCAAACUCCACCUGCACCAACACAAUAGGAGGAUACAAUUGCUCUUGCUUGAGUGGAUUCACUGCAACAAACUCAAGUUUGAAUGUCAGCAUAAGUAACCCAUGUAGAGAAUCUCCAAGCACUGUAGCUCCCUCACUGUCCCCUACAGUCUCAUCAGAGAACUCAAUAAGUAUGUCACUGACAAUAAACGAAAAGUUUGAUGUCACACUCACCGACCCAAGUAGUGCAAAGUACUUGAGAUAUAAAGCUCUAAUCGAGCAGUCAAUAGAUGCUUCAUACAAAAAUGUAGCUGGCUACAAAUCAGGUUCUGUCACGGUCUCCGGGUUCAGGCCUGGCAGUGUAAUUGCAGACUUUACAAUUGCAACAACAACGGAUACCCUUGAUUUAGGAUCAGCAAACUCUGAGCUCUCUAAUGCACUUAAUGACAAAGGAUUCAAAGUAAAUGAAAAUUCCUUUUCGGAAAGCAAUGAGUGUGUCCUAGUCCAAAACCAGGGCAAAAUCUAUCCUCUGCAGGAAAUGCAGCUGAACUGUGAUCCUCCAUCUGGUGCAGUCGGAGAUAUAAAAUGGAGAGUGAACGGGGCUGACGCUCUGCUAAACCCAGAUAAAUAUAGUGUCCUCAAUAAUAACCACACUCUUAAAGUCAAAAGUGUGACCACUGAGUACAGCGGUGUGUAUGAGUGCAUAACUGAAAAGAAUUCAUUGCCCAAUAUUCAGUGGCAAAGAAUUCAGAUUCAGCCCUUCCCGAAUAUCCAAGUAGGAUCUGAUAAAGUGUUUAAAUGUGAGACUUUGACGGUACCACUGCAGUGCUGUGCCCAAAGCAGUUACACAAUUGAAUGGAUCAGGGUCUCUCAAGCUGGCAGCCUGAUGCCACCAGGUUCAGGCUGCAUCAUAUACAACUAUAUUAUCCAGAAACAGGACUGUGAGGCUGGUGACAUAAAUGCCACUUUCACAUGUCAGCUUUCAGAUGUCAGCCUGAGUAAUUUAAGUUACAGCUCUGAAAGCGUCACAAUAAGGGCAACCAAAAGCGAAUUCUACUGCUCAGAAAGCAGCAUGUAUGGCGUCGGAAAUGAGAAUGAAAUCAGAAGCAAAAGCUGUGAUGGGGGCAAGGUUGGCAUUCAACAGGCCAAGUGCAACAGGACAAAACAGUGGGAGGAAAUAUUUAACAACUGCACCCUGCGUGUCAUCCAGGACCUGACCGACAAAGUCGAAGAUUUAGAAGUGGCUCAAGUCCCACAGUUUGCUGCGAAUCUCAGUGAAGCUGCAGAAAAGAAUUCUGCGAACAUAACAGGGGCUCCAGUGACUCUUGUAAAAGUUGUUGAUUUACUCAGCACAAUCGCUACCAUUUCACAGUCAGUGACGGUCAGCAAAGAUGUGAUGACGGAUUUUCUCAGAACAGUGGAUGUCAUUUCAUCAGGAGGAGCCCAGUCAACUUGGAAGAGUUUGAACAAUGACAGUGACAGCUGGAAUGCCAGCUCUGUGCUUCUGCAGUCAAUCGAAAAAAUUGGAGACAGUCUCUCAGAUGAGCAAUUUUCAAUAACAACAUCAAGCAUCCAGCUCAACAGGACUAUUUUUAAUGACACAUUCCAAGGAACAUUUGGGCAAAAUUUAUCCACACAAAUAGUUAUUCCAAAGACUAAUGGAUCAAAUGCCAUCACAACCAUAGUUUUCUCUGCUCUUGAUAAUGUCUUGCCUGUUAGAAACUCUACCCACAAUGGCAGCAGUCUAACAGAUGCCAGCAUCAAUGCCAAUGUAUUUAUGAUCAAAUUGGCCCAGACCAUUGACCCCCUGAUCUCCCUUUCCUUUGGUGUAAGCAAUGCAUCAUUGAGAAACCCUCAGUGUGUCUUUUGGAACUUCAGUCUCUUGGAUGGGAUUGGAGGAUGGGACUCAACUGGAUGUGAAGUAAAGAAAUCAGUGGUAGGAUCUGACAGUGUUACGUGUCAGUGCACCCACACCACCUCGUUCUCAGUCCUGAUGUCACCGUUCUUUUCUGCGGAUGCUGGAUUAAAGCAUAUCACUUACAUCGGUGUUGGCAUUUCAGUGGGCUGCUUGGUUUUGUGCCUCAUCAUUGAAAUCAUUGUAUGGAAAUCAAUGACAAGGAAUGACACAUCCUACAUGCGCCAUUUCUCCACAGUCAACCUUGCGGCUUCCCUGCUGAUUGCGGACAUAUGUUUCCUCAUUCAAGCAGGUAUUGUGAAGGAUGGAGAGUCGACCCCAGUGGGCCCCUGCACUGCACUGACUUUCUUUAUUCACUUAUUUUAUCUCGCUCUUUUCUUCUGGAUGUUGCUCUCGGCACUCUUGCUCCUCUACCGCACCCUAGUGGUCUUUUCCAAAAUCUCCAGGUCAGUGAUGAUGGUCAUCGGCUUAGCGGUUGGCUAUGGGGCCCCGCUAAUCAUAGCUGUUAUUACUGUGGCUGUGACAGCUGGAAACAAUGGAUAUGUCCAGGAAAAGAAUGUCUGUUGGCUAAACUGGGACAAAACGAAGGCUCUCCUGGCGUUUGUGGUCCCAGCCCUUACCAUUGUGCUUAUCAACAUCCUGGUGCUUGUUGUGGUUUUAUAUACGAUGUUGAGGAGGGGAGUUGGAGCCACUGCUCACCACUCAGAAGAGAGGCACACCCUGCUGGUCAUUGCCAGAUGUGUGGGCAUUUUAACACCUCUUUUUGGUCUGACCUGGGGAUUCGGCAUUGGGACCAUGGUGUCAUCUGCUUUAGGGAUUCACAUUGUGUUUGCACUCCUCAAUUCACUGCAGGGCUUCUUUAUUUUAGUAUUCGGAACUCUGCUGGACACUAAGAUCCGUGCAGCUCUUAUGGGAAAGUUGAAGCUGAGGAACAUCAGCUCUAACUUAACUGGGAGCACUAGUGCAGGACCAUCAUCCUCUAUUGGAAAGGGUUACACUCACAGGUUCCCCAGGAGAUAUGCUUACAACAUCUCGGGAGCAGCGUACUCUUCAUCUGUACCUUCAAGCAACUCGGAUACUUUUAAGUUCAUUGAUACAUAAUGUGUUCUACAGCCUGACCAAAACACCACACCGUGUGCUGAUAAGGGUAUUAGAUGUCAUUCAUAUGACUUUGCUGAUUUUAAACUCUUUUAUUUAAUUAAUCUGCUUGGGGGCAAAAUGUAAAAGGCCUCAGGGCCGAAGACAAGCGCUUGGAUCAGUUCUGUCUCAUUUGUUUUCAACAUUUGCAUGCAUUUCAUGUAAUACUUGCAAUGAACAAAUGCCACAUUGUUACACUGAAUGGCUUGCAUUUAUUAAUGUUGAUGAUCUGUAUUCAUAUUAUAUCAUAUUAUAAUUAUGCAUUUACUUCCAUAAUAAACAGACGCAGCUAUUUAUAAAAAAUAAAUCAGGUUAAAAGAUUUAAUUGAAUCCCUGAAUCUUACAGUUGCCUCAAAAUGUACUCAUCCACAUCAGUUCUGAGGAUUAUCUGACCUCAGAGAAGUUCAGUUAAAAAGGA